AUGUCGCUCCUUAACAACCAAGACUUCACCAUCUACCAGCUUCGCGCAGGCUACCUCCAACACAUCAAAGACGGCGUCGGCGAGCGUCUCAUCACCCUCAACACCAAUGUCUUGAACAACCCUGCCUUUCGUGCUGCUGGCUGGCAAGCAAACCCUCAGGACAUCAAACGCACAUACUCACCUCCCAUCCCUACCGCCAUCGCUUCCGAAUACUUCCAAGCUCCACAACGGUCUGCUGCUCCUGCAUACGCUUUGCACGAUGAAGAUGAAGAAGGAGGAAUGGUCACUGGCCAGGGCAGUCAAGACACCAUUGCUCUCCACACCCACAACAAGAGACGGAGGAGGAAAGAGCAGUUGGAAGAGGAUGACAGCAGCGACUUGAGUGAUGACAGCGACGAAGAAGACGACAAGAGUGCCGUCUCCCAGAUCAAGUUCAGCAAGAUGCCUGUCCGCCUCAGAGCUGGUUCUUCUCCAACACACAAGACAAGAGAUGGAGACGUCGACGUGCCUAUACCUAUUGCUUCUCCAGACAAAACCAAUGGCCAGGAAACUGCACGACACGCCUCUCUCCCUUCUGUGUCCUUUGUCAAACAACGGCCUAGGAGAGAUACUGCCACAAGCAGCGAGUUCUCUUCUGAGAAUGAGACAGAUCCGGUUACCUUCCGCAAACAGAGGGUCCAGAACCGCGCCGUCAAACAUGGUCAGAUGAUGCAAGACCGCAUCCAGGAAGAGGGAGAAGAUGUCGAGUCUGACAUUGAUCUUGGUGAGGCUUCCGACAUAUCUGAUGACUUUGCUGGAACUGCCGGCUCGGAGUCUCUACUGGGAAUGGGCGCUCCUUUGAUCACUGUAGACACUCUCGAGUCAUCACCUGGCAAUGUGCCCAGCAUGCCGCCUGCAAUCACACCCCAUACCUCGGCCUCACCAAAACGUUUGAAACAAAUGGCCCCUCCUCCAGAUCUGCCCAGACUUCCUGCGGGACGUCCGAUAAGCUACGUCCAGCCUGUCAGUCUUUUGUCAAAGGCCUUGAAGUCUACGUCAGAAAAGGGCGAGAAUCCUUUGCAGCAAUUUGCUCAACUGUCUGGCAAAGGUGAAUCAGCUCCUCUAUGGAUCAAGAUAUAUGCUCCCUUCUCCAAGAAAGCUUCAACUCCUAUCCAGGUGCCUAUUCGCAAAAACGCAAAGGAAGGUGUCCCCACCAUUGUUGCAGAGCUUAUCGGUCUCAGUUUAUGGCGAUACGCAGAGGAGAAGAUCGAGCCGCCUCUCGAAGGCAACGACUUAAAUGUGAAUCGUUGGACCUUACGCAUGGUUGAAGACGAAGAGGUCGAUUACGACUUCCCGGCCUUGACCCGUACAAAGCCACUUGGGGAUUUCACUUCGAACAAUAACCGGCCACCUCGAGCCAGAGCAAGAGAUAAGCCUUGGGACGAGUUUGGUCUCGUGAGAGCGACCGAGGAGCAGUUCAAGGAGAACGAGGAGCUCACGCCUCAAUUCAGUGAACCAUCUGGUCUGGCUCCUUCUAGCACACCUAUACCCGAUACCUCUCGCACAGCAACGCCGCAGCCUCCCAAUAUGCAAAGAACGUUGUCUGACGCACCAACCUUGGCACCACCUGCAGCACCGACUUACAUUCCCAAUGUCAACCCGAUUACGCCAUCAUUUGCUCCGAUGGCCAGGAAGAAUUCGACUAUUCCAUUGAUGGACGCACCAGCUGCACCAGCACCACGUUCCACACCGAGGACUGGCUCUUCCAAGACUGUCACGAUACAUUACACAGAUCCGCACUCGUUUCAGACGACUUUGCUCCCUAUACCUACCACUUCCGAUACCUACCUGGCUGAACUUUUCACAACAGCCUGUCAGAGGCUCAACAUCGACAAGGCUUUGUAUGUUCUGAAGGUUCGUGGCACUCAGACUGUUGCACCAGAGGAUCGUACAGUAGAAGCUCUCGGUCAGAGGUUGGCACUUGACCUCGUAAGACGUCGCUUUGUUGGUGUUGGCGAUGGUCGUGGCAUGGUCAGCGCUGUAGGCAGUCCUGGCAGUGAAAGUCCGAAUGCACCAUUGCUGCUCGAGACCGCAACAAACACGAAGGCCAAAACGAGAAAGCCCUUCAUGGGCUUGCAAAGUGCCAAAUCAACAAACGAUAUCAAUGCAACCGCACUUUGGGGUCUGGCUGGCGGAGCAGGAAAGCGCUACCUCGUUAUUCGUCGUCAACCCCUGUCCUUUGCGCCUUCGCAUCCACGCAUUCUGGCACUUGAUGCAGAAUUCAUGCACGUUAUGCCUGCCUCCUCUACAGAUCCCCUCAACGCCAAUGCAGAUCCAGCGAUGGCACCUCCUGGCGGCAAAACAACUAGCGUGCAUCUCAGCAGUGUGGUGGGUUGCAAAGUCAGUAGAAAGCAUCCCAAGGUUGUGCGCGUGCUCGUUUAUCGGGAGAAGGAGACAAAGAGAUACGAUUUCGAAGCUUCAACAAGGGACGAAGCACAAGAGAUCGCGACAGAGAUCAACAAAGGUAUGAUGAGGUUCAGAGACGAGGAAGAGUGA